CUGGGUCAGCCAGACUCGAGGCAGGCCGAGUCAGGCCGAGGCUCGAGAGUCGUCCAGGCGUUUUCGGCUGGAAGCAGUCCCUUGGAAACCACCCCGAAGCCCGUCGUCGCUUCCACCACGGUCUACCGUCGUUCCAUCCACGAGUCCUUGCACCGUUAGGACCGAUUCCAUCCCCUGUUGAGCGAGAGUGAGCGAGACGAGCGAGGAUCAACCCCCUUCGAGGUGAUACCAACGAAUUGGAACUGAGGCGAGGGGCACAAGCAGAGACAUGGACAAUGUGCAAAUGAUCGGCACUAAAAUCACAGCGAUCAAGGAAUACUUAUAUAAUUUCGCCAGGACACAUUCACCAACCAGACUAAUGAGCUCCGAAAACACCUACUCGCUCUCCAAAGAGCACUGUAACUUGAAAUAUUCGGAUAUCCUGCCGCAGAAUGCCGAAGGUUAUCCAGCGACCAGGGAGUUCCUGAUGAAGGUGGUGGACAUUCUGUUGGAUUUCAUCAAGUCCACGAAUGAUAGAAACGCGAAAGUGCUCGAUUUCCAUCAUCCCUCCGACAUGAUGCGUCUCCUGGAUCUCGAAAUUCCCGAUUCUGGUUUGACUCUUCAGCAACUUCUCAUCGAUUGUUCGACCACCUUGAAGUAUCAAGUCAAAACAGGUCAUCCACAUUUUUUCAAUCAAUUGUCCUGCGGUCUGGACCUCGUCUCGAUGGCCGGCGAAUGGUUGACAGCGACGGCCAAUACCAACAUGUUCACCUACGAAAUCGCGCCGGUGUUCAUACUGAUGGAGCACGUGGUGCUUCAGAAGAUGAGAGAACUGAUCGGUUGGAGCGGUGGCGACUCCAUCCUUGCCCCAGGAGGUUCCAUCAGUAAUCUAUACGCCUUUCUCGCUGCCAGGCAUAAAAUGUUCCCCAUGUACAAAGAGCGGGGCCUCUCCGCAGUCGGUGGACAGCUGGUUAUGUUCACGUCUGACCAGUGCCAUUAUUCGGUGAAAUCGUGCGCCGCUGUCUGCGGAUUGGGAACGGACAACUGCGUGAUGGUUCCUAGCGACGAUCGAGGCCGAAUGAUCCCUUCGAAACUGGAAGAAUUAAUUCUUGAACGCAAGGCCAAAGGACACAUCCCAUUCUUCGUGAACGCUACCGCGGGAACGACCGUCAUCGGAGCAUUCGAUCCCAUUCCAGAAAUCGCUGAUAUAUGCCAGAGACACAAGCUCUGGCUGCACAUCGACGCGGCUUGGGGUGGUGGACUGCUUCUCUCGAGAAAAUACAGGCAUCCCCGAAUGACUGGCAUCGAACGAGCCGAUUCCGUGACCUGGAACCCGCACAAACUCAUGGGAGCGUUGCUUCAGUGUUCGACGAUUCACUUCAAGGAGGACGGUUUGCUGAUUAGCUGCAACCAAAUGUCAGCCGAGUAUUUGUUCAUGACAGACAAACUGUACGACGUGAAGUACGAUACCGGCGAUAAAGUGAUUCAAUGCGGACGUCAUAAUGACAUCUUCAAACUUUGGUUGCAAUGGCGAGCCAAGGGUACAGAAGGAUUCGGGAAACACAUGGAUCGACUGAUGGAACUUUCGGAAUACAUGGUCAGAAGGAUCAAGCAGAUGCCUGACAAGUAUUACCUAAUCCUAGAACCUGAAAUGGUGAACGUCUGCUUCUGGUAUUUGCCAACACGCGUUAGGAACAUGCCACAUACUCAGGAGAGAAUCAAAAUCUUAGCAGAUAUCUGUCCAAUCUUGAAAGGCCGAAUGAUGCAAGCUGGCACACUGAUGGUAGGUUACCAGCCGGACGAUCGACGACCCAAUUUCUUCAGAAAUAUUAUCUCGAGUGCCGCGGUCACGGAAGCGGACGUCGACUUUCUGCUGGCGGAAAUGGAUCGGUUAGGCCACGAUCUGUAAGAAACCUGCCUGUUCUAAUUAAUACAUACAUAAUCAGCCGAGGAGGCGCGAUUUAAUGUAAAUCGCGACACCAUAUCGAAAGUGAAAUAUUCCUGUUGAUAUUAGAAGUUCAUUAACGAGCAGGAGUUUAACCGCGUUUCAUCACGUGUACAAAAUCCGGAGGUCAAAUUCGAGAAUCGCAAUCACGGUUGAUAAUUCAAGCACCUCGUGUACCUGCUCUCUUCUCUUUCUAUUAAUGGAAACUUUCUUAUAAAUCGAUAUCGUUUGAUCAAUGAUAAUUUACUUUUAUUAACCAUGAGAAAUGAAAAUCAAAAAUUAAUUUGUUUUUCAUUAUCGAUGGAGAUUAUUAUAAUUUGCCACGAUAUUUAAUCCGUAAUCGAAAUUGAGGAGAGAAGGGAGUAGGUCGCGUGAUCAUCAUCGUAGCACGAGAAAAAAAAAAAAGAAGAAAAAAAGGAAACGCUUCUUCAGCAUAUUUACGAAACAGCAAACCGAAGAUCAAAGGAUACUCAUAGCACGUAAGUUCUCUAGAUGUAAGCGUAUAUCCGUGACGAAACGAAAGAGUCAAGUUAAAAAAAAAA